AGCGCGUUUUGCCUGUAUAAAUUUUGGUUUAAAUUUCGCAGAUCUUACAGUUACAGGCUGGAGCCCCACGUUCUUUUCCCAAUUUCAAACGCCGUUUUUUUUUCAAUUUAAGCUAAAUAUAAGUAGAGAUCAGUGUCAUGAGAGAGCUGGCUAAAUCAUAUUUCCAAAGUCUCUCUCGUCUCUCCCGCGUCGCGAGCAAACCUUCCCCCCACCACCGCGGCAUGGCCGGCGAGAUGCCUGACGCCGACGGCAAGCCCCGCUCGGCCUCCUCCGGGUUCCAGCCGUCGGCGCCGCCGCAGCCGCAGGCGCAGCAGUACCAGUACGGCACGUUCGGGGCCCCGUCCUCCGCCCCCGGUGAGGUCCCGCAGCCGGCGGUCGGGUUCCCCCAGCCGGCCCCGCCGCCGGGGCUCCGGCACUACCCGCAGCCGCCCCCGCCGUCCUACGCGGUCUACCCUCCGCUUCCCCCGCAGACGUACCCGGCCGCCGCGCCGUACUACGCCCUGGGCUACCAGGCCGUGCAAGGUUACAUUCCCGUUGUUGAAGGAAGGCCUGUGAGAAUGCGACGCCUUCCAUUUUGCGGCCUUGGCAUGGGCUGGUUCCUGUUUAUCAUUGGCUUCUUCCUCGCUGCCAUUCCAUGGUAUAUUGGAGCUUUUGUUUUGAUAUGCGUCCGAGUACAUGAUUACAGGGAGAAACCAGGAUAUGUUGCUUGCACUAUUGCGGCUUCGCUUGCUGCCAUUGCUAUCCUGCUUGGUGUCACAAGAGGAGAAGAGAUUUGGUGAACCGGCUUACCGUAAUGUAAAUGCCUAUUCUUCCCCUACUUUGUGGAGUUCUGGGUUGUACAUGUAUACAUAGAAAUGACAGUGUGGGACGGCGGAAUUGUAUUCUCAUAUUUGCUUUUUGAUAUAUAUUUCUAGUGUAUUGAUGUAUUCUCGUAGAUCAUAUUAUAUUCUCGUAGGUAUUGAUGUAUUCGUCAUAUUUAUUACUACCUCUAUUUCAGGUUAUAAGACUUUCUAUCA